AUGGGUGUUGCAAUCCGACCACCAGAAGGCACCGCUGGCAAAGCAUGGCCUGCGAUCCUCGUAGGCCUGUUCGUAGCGUUCGGUGGCAUACUAUUCGGCUAUGAUACAGGAACCAUUGGAGGUAUCCUCGCCAUGCCAUACUGGCUGCGAGAGUUCACCACUACCGGUGAGAUCAACCCUACCACUGGCUUGCCUGUGCUCUUGGCUUCACAGUCGUCUGAAAUCGUGUCUUUAUUAUCCGCUGGCACAUUCUUUGGCGCCUUGACCGCAGCUCCCUCUUGCGAUUACUUUGGUCGGAGGAUGGGCCUGAUCGUCUCCACCGGAGUUUUCACUUUCGGUGUCAUCCUGCAGACUGCUGCAACGAAAAUCCCUUUGUUCGUGGCUGGCCGCUUCUUCGCUGGUUACGGCGUCGGCAUGAUCUCAGCCUCGAUCCCGCUCUACCAAAGUGAAACGGCGCCUAAGUGGAUCCGUGGCACAAUCGUGGGCAGCUACCAGCUUGCGAUUACCAUUGGCCUUCUGUUGGCAUCAGUUGUUGACCACUCGACCGGACAGCGGAACGACAGUGGCAGCUAUCGCAUUCCGAUUGCGGUGCAAUUCGCUUGGGCCAUCAUCCUCGUGGCCGGUAUGCUCAUGCUACCAGAGACACCGCGCAUGUUCAUCAAGCGCGGCCAACCCGAAAAGGCGGCCAAGUCGCUGAGCAGGCUGCGUCGCCUGGACGUCGCUCACCCUGCGCUUCAGGAAGAGCUUGCUGAGAUUACGGCGAACCACGAGUACGAGAUGUCUUUGGGUAAGGCAACGUACCUGGAUUGCUUCAAAGGCAACAUCGGCAAGCGGCUGGCGACUGGCUGUCUGUUGCAGGCACUCCAGCAGCUGACCGGCGUCAAUUUCAUCUUCUAUUACGGCACAUCGUACUUCACCAACUCCGGCAUCCAGAAUAGCUUCGUCGUAAGCAUGAUCACAUCCGCCGUCAACGUAGCCUCGACGUUUCCCGGGUUGUGGAUGGUAGAAGCGUGGGGCCGGCGCCCUUUGCUGCUCUUCGGCGCCAUUGGUAUGGCAGUCUGGUGCGUAACUGAUCGCCACGAGCCUUGUUUUUUGUCCAAGAAGUCGAUUGCUAACGUUUACACCAUUUCGCACUAUAGCCAAUUCAUCGUCGCUGGUGUCGGCACAGGAAUCGGGACGGCCAACCCGGUCGGACAAAAGGCGCUCAUCGCUUUCGUCUGCAUCUACAUCUUCUUCUUCGCGUGCUCAUGGGGUCCAAGUGCUUGGGUGGUGACGGGCGAGAUCUUCCCGCUCAAAGUCCGCGCCAAGGCCCUUUCAAUGACCACAGCCUCGAACUGGCUCCUCAACUGGGCCAUCGCUUACGCCACACCUUACCUCGUCGACGACGGACCCGGCGACGCCGAUCUCGGCUCCAAGGUCUUCUUCAUCUGGGGUAGCUUCUGCUUCAUCUGCAUCUUCUUCGUCUGGGCCAUGAUCUACGAAACCAAGGGCCUCUCGCUCGAGCAAGUCGACGAGCUCUACGCCAAGGUCCCGCAAGCCUGGAAGUCGGCGGGUUUCGUGCCGACGGUGAGCUUCCAGGAGGUCAGGGUGGUGGAGGGCGAUUACCGGAAGGCGUCGCUUGCGGAUCUGGAGACGGCGGCGGAGCGGAAGAGGAGUGUCGGUGUAAGCCUUUCUCCCGUCCUGGUUCGAGAAUUUUGGUGA